AUGCAGCAGAACCCGGGUGAGUCACUUCGGUCGUAUGUUCAGAGGUUCCAUGAAGAAAGCGUGCAGAUACCUGAUCCUAAUGAGCAGGUCACCAUCGCCGCUUUCAACCAUGGGCUCGUUUACGGGGUGUUCAACACGGGGAUUCACAAGAAAUAUCCCCGCACCCUCCACGAGCUGUGGUUAAAGGUUGAGAAGGGCAAACAAGCCGAAGACCUCAACCGCAUGAAAAAGGAGGUUCAAGCUGCUCGCCCGAGGGCCGACCCCCGAAAAGGAAAAGAGCUUGGCCGAACUGAGGUGGGGACGGGCAGUGGCUUCCAAAGUCCUGCCCGAGAUCGCCGCAGUGUGUUUGACAGGAUAUCUAAGGGAAAGGCAUCUAUCCCCGAGUCUGAACUAACUCCUUUGAACACUAGUCGGUCUCGGGUGCUAUCCGUAAUGGAACAAAAUAACCUUGGAAAAGCACCCCCCAAGAUGCAGGGCAGCAGGGACAAGAGGAACUCGACCCUCUAUUGCUUAUAUCACCGAGAUAUAGGACAUGAAACCGAGAACUGCAACGAUCUCAAGAGAGAGAUCGAGAACCUCAUUAGACAAGGCCACCUCAAGCAGUUCAUCCGCCGAAGUGGAGGUCAUCCGCGUGAUGAGAAUUGA